AUGGCCCCCUUCAAGGUCAUCAUUAUCGGCGGAAGUAUAUCCGGGCUCACGCUAGCGAAUAUCCUCGAGAAGUAUGGCAUCGACUACGUUGUGCUCGAAAAACAAGCAAUUAUUGCCCCGCAGCUGGGCGCUAGUUUGGCUCUAUUGGCCCAUGGCUCUCAGAUCCUGGACCAGCUGGGUUGCUAUGACACGCUGGAGAGGAUUGGGAUGCCCGUGGAGAUGGUGGAGAACUUUGGGCCUGGUGGACGCUCACUACUGCCUAAGCCACAUCUGUUGGGUAGAAUGAUGAAAGAACUUUUCGGAUAUCCAAUGCGAUUUCUCGACCGGCAGCAACUACUCCAGGUUCUCUACGAUAACCUCACGGAUAAAUCGAAAAUCCAUACUUCUACAGAGGUGUUCAAACUCGAAGAUAUCGAUGGCGGCGUUGUCGUUGCCACCAAAGAUGGAUCUAUCUUUCGGGGAGAUAUCGUUGUCGGCGCCGACGGGGUGCAUUCUCGUACUCGGCAGGAGGUAUGGCGGAUCGCCGACUCGGAGACACCCAAAUACAACUCCGAGAAACUUGCUGAGUCCAUAAAAUGCACCUACAAAUGCAUGUUCGGCAUCUCCGAACGACCAGAGGGCGUCCCUGGCGACAUGGGCUGGAAAACGUUCUAUCACAAUCGCUCGUAUAUGUACCAGGGCGGUAAGGAUGGGAAAAUAUAUUUCUUUGCCUUCUUCAAGAACCCCGAAACGACAGUGUACGCCUCCAUCCCGCGGUACACGACCGAAGAUUGCCAGAAGCUGGCAGAGGAACACAGCAGCGACAUUCUGUUUCCGGGCUUUACUUUCGGGAAUCUGUACGAGCUCCGCCGGAAUGCCGUGCUCGUUCCGCUGGAAGAGUCCGUGCUCGAGAAAUGCUUCUAUAAGCGGGCUGUCCUAAUUGGUGAUUCGUUCCACAAGAUGAACCCAUUAACAGGACAAGGCGGUAAUGCCGCCAUCGAAUCCGCCGCCUUCCUCUCUGACCUGCUCUACGAAGCACUCCAGAAACAGUCCCAUCCCGACGACAGCGCAAUCAAGGAGAUAUUCACUCGCUUCCAACGACGCCGAAAACCACGAACACGGGAGGCAAUGGAGCUAACGAAAAAGAUGCAGCGUAUGGAAUGUCUCGAGACCCCGUUUCUUAAAUUCCUCAUGCUCAAUGUCAUCAGUAAGAUGGGAUUGGAGGAUAUUGCGCCGCGGUUGGUGCAGAGUUUCUCCCCGUCGCAUGUGCUGAAGCACGUUGGCCAAGUUAGGAGGAAGAGGUUGGUUCUUCUUGAUGACGAGGUCACAGUCGAGCCAAGGACUCGGCCAGUUUAUGCGACGGUUCUGGGGGCUGUGGCUAUGCUUUGUCUUGCGUUGUUGAGUCGUGUCAUACCGAGGUAUUAUGAUUUGGAGGAAGGUCCAGAUGGAUUUGAGAGGUUGCGAUUAUAUAUUUCCAUGACCACCAUUGCAGUAAAUGGACUGUGGGUCGUUGAAUCUCAUCGCUCGGCACUCACGGUGUCGCCCUUGUUCAGCGCCAUGCCGUUCGCCUUCGCCUCUUCAUACCUAGGUUGGGAGACCAUUCUCCCCAUCUACCUCGCCAUCCACAUCUUCCUCAGCGCAUCCCGAACAUUCUACUACCCCUCGCCACGAGCCCUCAAUAUCUGGACUGCAAAGAAUCUUCCACUCGGACUGGUGAUUGCAUAUGCCUUACCCAUACUACAAGCAAUCACCAAUCUCCGAAACCAACAGGCCUCAUCAAUCGAUGUCCAAUUAGCCGGACAUGUCAGCCUACCGAUCCUGCUUCAGCUGGGCAAACGCUUCUGUAAGAAAUCCCCGGAUCUUACAGUUGGCCAGCUGCUAUAUGGAUCAUAUGACAUGGGUUAUAUUUUUCGCUUUUUUGGUGCCAUUUUCUUCCUGACCAGUCUGAUGCAUUUGGUUGUUGCUAGCAGCUCCAUUCCGCAGGUCCUUGCUAGUGUCUCUAGUCACGAGGCAAUGGGCCUUUCAUUUGAAUUGAUCCAGAUAGGAUGCCUAGCUCUUGCUGUCUUGACCUGGUUUCUGUUCACAGUCUGGGACCUGCGUCGGGUGAAGAUCACUCGUGCUUCUCUUCCUGUUACGCUGGUUGGCGGACUUUUAGGAAUGGUGUUGGUUGGUCCCGCGGCUCUGCUGGCUGGGCUUUGGUACUGGCGGGAGUCUGUUAUGGAGGAAUCGAGAAAGGAAGUUCACAAGAAGUGA